AUGGAAUCAUCUGCAGUCUCAUUGAAAGCAGCGAUAGAACGGCAACCAAGUGCCACUGACGCCACAAAUGAAAAUAAUGAUGAGAGUCAUCCCUCAGACAUUGCCGUCGGUCGAAUGGUGGAGGUAUUACCAAGAACUUGGCCAGGAAUCAACAAGCCAGGAGGUGUGGCCAGAGUCAUCAAGCUUUAUGUUAUCGAAGAUCAAAUAAAACAUGUGGACGUUCAUUAUAUUUUGGCACGCACGAAGGAAAAACAAGUUCCAUUGGACUAUGUGAAACUGGCACCCCAAUACGAAGGAACCGCCAACACUCGGUCGAGUUCCAGAAACCAACCAACGUCCAGUUUGAGAGAUCGGAGCAUGUUGUUGGGUAGAUGCAAACGCUGUGGAUCCUUACGAACGGAUUGUGGGUCAUGUGAUUGGGCCUUUGAAGAAAUGCAUCAGCAACGAAUCUUGCAACAACAAGAGCAGAUGAAGCAAGAUCUACAGAAUUCACCAUUUCGAAAGAAUGCAAGCUCCAAAUAUCGCAAACGACGAAGGGGACAAAGAACAUUCAAUAACGAUGGUACUUCAUCGAGGUGGGAGCCAUUGGCUGUUGACAAUGAUGAUGAUAGUUCGUUGGGGUCUUGGGAUGAUUCGUCAGACGACGAGGAAGAGGAUGACGUCUUGUUGCAGGAGCUCAUGGCCCAAAACAUGGCCAAUUAUCGCAAGUUUCGCAAAUUCCGAGUGGCACAGGUAAUGAGAGAAGAAGAAGAAGCAGAGGCCCAAAAGACUGCUUCUGCCAAAGACAUGGUUUCGGAUGGAUUCUCAUCUGCUUCGGACAGCGAACAAGAAAUGUACCAAUCGUACUUGAAAAGGAAGAAGAGUUUGGACCAAAACAAAAGACAAAUGAAGAAUCGCUAUAGAAGUAUAACCGAACGAAACCACCACCGAUCCGUUUUGGAAUCCAUUGCGACGAGUAAAAAUACUGGGCGUCCUGCCAAAACAAUUACACCAUUCACCAAGCAAUCCGCGGCUCCAAGAAAUGAUACAUCCUCGCAUACCACUACAAGCAAAACAAACGACGAAAUUUCGAAUACUCUCAGUCGCCAGCACAUUCCUCCAACUAGUCAACAAACCAAGAAGAGAAGAAGGCGGCGCCUCGUCAUCCAAGAGGAAUCUCAAGAUGUCAACCAUCUUCUGGAGCGUGCUGACGAGGGCGAUGCUUCAGACGAUUCGUUCGGUGCUGGAAGAGACUGCGAUGCUUCUUUGCGAGAAACCGAACUUGACAAUGAAAUGAAUCAGGAGCAAGAAAUGGAGCUGGAACAGCAUCAUGUCACCCGUUUAGUUCGUCAGGCACAAGAGCAGCAGACUAACGAUUUCCUGAAUUUGAGUCAAUUCAUUCAACCGGAAGGCCUGGAAGUUGCCGAGAAUCUGCCCGAUGACAUUGUGGAUCGGACCCGGAACCUAGAGUAUCGUCAACUCCCUGACUUUUUUGACAAUUUGGUGACGCAAAUGGAAGACGAGUGGAUGCCGGAUUGGAAACUGAAAAUUGCAAGGUUGCUGUCGGCCAAGCGUCGACUGGAAUAUUCUGGGUUUUCCACAUUGACGAGUACUCGAGGCAGGGGCAGAUCACCGUUAAAGGCGGCACUCGAAGCCGCUUUGGAUCCACUCCAAGUCUUGCAAAGGUGUGAAGAAAUCCAAACAGGACUUCGAGAUCAUUUGAUUCGAAACGGAUUGGAUCAAUGCAAGAUUUGUUUGCACAAGCUCAUGGACGAUCGGCUCUACAAGAAGCGGAGAUCCAACUUGAACAGUGCCGAACGAAAAAGAUGCCGUGGAUUGGGCGUCAUGGAUGCUCGCAACUUGCGUUUGGAUGCCUUGGAAGAUACAGUAGAUGAUCUGGUGCGCAAAAUCAGGGAGGUGGAAAAGGUUUGCGAGAAUAACCUUCAGGAGAAUGCACCGUUGGAUAAUGGCGACGCAAAUUCAACGCAAAUGGAAAUGCAAGAUUCUGAAGAAGAAAAUUUGAAGAACACAACUCUGAAGGCAAUUCGAGUCGAGCCAAGUACUGCAUGCGGCAAUGAAACAGAACCGACUUUGCCACCUUUUCAUCCCCAUAUGCAUGCGAAUCGCCGCAAAUCAACGCAAACGAGUACACGAAAGCGAUCACAAAACAGCGAGGUUGUCAAUAGAUAUCAAAAGAGAACACAGGCUGGUCAUUCUGUCUCGAGAAGCUGUAAUAGAGCUGAAAAAAGGAUCCAGCGGGUGAAACGAAUUCGUUUGGAACACGACAUCCAAGUGAAUCAAUCGGAAGAGCCAUCCGAGUCUAUUGAUAUGGGUGAAUCGUUUACCCCUGAUAGUGACGACGACGAAAGAGAUAUUGAGGAGACACAAGAAGACGAUCAAUUGCCAGGUGUGAGCAUGUUUGUGGAUACGGAAGCUUCUGUUGGUGGACGGCCAAAAAGAUCCGCAGAUGAACAAGACGAGUCAUCAAAGACAAGGAUCCAAAAACGCGCUGGAGCGACUACUCGUUACGAUUCAAAAAGGAUUAGUGAUCAAAAUCCUCGGUCAUCAAGACCAGCCAGAUCUUUCGAGCAAGAUUCAUCAGUCCCAACAUUCAACUUGUUUGGCGACGAUUCGCCGCAAUCUGAGGUUGAAGAAAGCAGAAACUACCUACAGAAUCAAGGUGGCAGACGACGAGGUGGCUCACGUAUCCCAAUAUCCCAACGAAUGCAAGCCUUUUUACUCGCCAACGAGGAGGGUACCUAUAGCUUCCAGCAAUCGAUGGAUGAUACGUCAUCUAGCCGGGAACAAAGGAGUCGGGCAAGCGGUCAGAAUCGCCAAGCACAAGAAUCGCGAAGGUCAAGCAUUCAUCCUGAUAGUCAAAGGAAGCGGGAGGCUUCUACAUCGAGGUCAGCCCCACAACGGGCUUUUUCCCUUCCUAAUAGUGAUGACGAAAUGGAGAACUCCUUUGGGUCUGACAGCGAUGAUGCCAUUAUGGUGGAUCUUUUUGAUGAUCUGAGAGCAAGCCAAUACCAACCCACCCCAAAUUUGAAUGCAGCUGCCUACUCUCAGAGCAUUGUAGCUACCUGUCAACAACUACAACGACAAUCGCAACGACGAGAAAAGAACUUGGAAGAUUUACAUACAGCCUUGCAUCGAGUUCCCAUUAUCCCAGGAGAAGAGAGUCUUACUGUUUUAACGACAAGCCUCGCUCUGCUGAAAGAGAACGGCACAAUGACCUUACUUGAAUUGGCGAGCACAAAUGUACCAAACUUGAGAUCGCAUGUACACCUCUUAUCAGUUUGUUUAUUGUCGUUGAAUUCUGUUACUGAGUGCACCGAGUCAAAUUUCUGUCCCAUGGUCAAACGUGUCGUUGAGAACCGCAAAGCAUUUUUCAACAUGCUCCUAUUGCAGCUCAUUGAUACAAUGUACGCAGUGUUGCAUCCGUCAGCUUGGUCUUUCAAAUCCAAGAGAAGAGCGCACAUACUAAGAGCGUUGAAGCCCCUGCGGAAUUCUCUAGCAAAAGUGACUGCGCUGACGGAAAGUGCUUGCCGUUGUAUUUUGGAGCAUUUUGGCUGUCAAAAGUGGAGAAGAGGACUCACAAAUGGCUUAGCUUUUGUUUCAUCCAUUGGUGCUUCUGAGUGGAAGGAGUUCUUGCUAAAUGGUACAUUUCCUCAGCAAGUAACAGACGUUCGACUCAAACAGCUCGGACGAGUCUGGCCACGAGUCGAAAUUGAAACUCUUUGGUCCAUUUUCGCAUACCUGGGCGAGUGCUCGUCACGAGUUGACGAAGGAUCAGUGAGUUGUUGGCAAUUGCUAUCCAAACUCUUUUCAUCGGGUGUUUUGUUUGAAAAUGAUGUUUCGAAUGACACGGCGCCGGCGAAGUCUCUUCCUCCAAGUGUCGAGCAUUUAAAUACAUGCGAGCAAGAGAUUGGUUUCUUCACGGACCUAUUGUCAAAAGGAGUUAUGAAAGGCGUCCCGAGCUCGGAUAGUAUGUUGGUGAAUUUGAUCCGAAGGUCACUCACGCUUGAGGGUGACAGCUAUCAAAGAAAUAAGUACGCUAGGAAGAAGAGUAUCCCAAAAAUGUCACAUGGAAAGGAGAGUAAGAGAUUGGUAGCUCGGCUGUGGAAAGCUGCAGAUCCAUCAAACUUUCUUGCACCAGACAGAAUAAGAUCGAAGAAUCUACCUUCAGGUAUCUUGUCACUUGGUAAAGCAGCAGAAGGGGAGGCGGCAACGGUAAAAAAUUCGCUAUUGCCAACAUCCAACAUGUUAAGACGAUGCUUGGAACUGAUUCAUGUAUGGAUAAAGUAUUUGCCGCAAAAGAAAGUGCGACGAAAUCGGUUCCUGAAAGCAGUCAACACCAUGAGGGCCGCGUUGGGUAGUGUUUCAUGCACAACCCCAAGAGUUGUCUCGCCAGUGAAAUCGAAUUCAUUCGAAGCAGCAUUCGCAGUCCAGCAUGAGAAAGAUUUGCUCGUUGACGGUGCAGAGCACAAACAAACAUUCAUGAUAGAAGCGGUAGCUUGGACGAAGAUCAUCGAGCAAGUAGCUUUGUCAAGCAACGAUGCAAUGCAUUCGAAUCCAUUCGUUGGUACAAAAUCGAUGUCAGUGGCAAUGGAGAUUUGGGACAUCGUUGCAGAUGGCAUCAUGAAAGAGCGGAGAGUUGCACUAAUCGAGAAACAGGAAUCCCAAGGAACUUGUACGAGCAAUUUGCGGAUGUUUGCUGCAGCAAAAGUUAUGGCAUCAAUUGCAAUGCUACAGAUGAAUAUUUGCCCCUGGUUCCUGGAUACUGGGGAGAAGGUCACUCAUGUAUGGGAUAAUAGUGAGAUACAUGGAGGUGUGACGCCGAACCACGAUGCAAUUGUUUUCACAGUUUCUGCAGUGCUUGCUUGUUUGGAUUGUCUCGGAGAUAUGAGAAAGUCGCCUUUCAUGCCACAUGUCAUAUCGAUCGUCACGCUUGUGUUCACUAAUAUGGCUGCAUUUUUUCAACUUUCCGUUACGGAAAGAGGCGCGGUUGCAAACUCCCAGCUGAAAGAACUUUCGUCAAGUGUGCUGUUGAAGACGGUUAAGGUUCUUAUCAAUAGUCAAGGUGACGAUGAAGACGCGGUUUGCUUUCAACUGCUCCUGAGUGCUGUGAGAUCUUUUGCCUCGGCAUUUUUGGAUUCAGGGUGCAUUCAUCCUAAGGGUGCAUCUGCGGGCGUGGCUCAAGGUGGAGAUGCUGUUCAGGAAAAUGAUGUGGACGGGGGUGACAUUUGGGGCUCCAUUGAUGAUGACUUGCUCGCUUCAAUGAAUCUUGACGGUGGUCAAGCACCUUCACCUGGUUUCGCUCAGGAGUUGGCAAGAACUCUGAAGUGCGCCUUGCAGCAGUCGAAGCCAUCGGGACGAUUUUCUGUUCCGUCUGGAUUCGGCAUGACGAAUCUGCUUCAAAUGAGCCCACAUGGGAGGCAUUUUGUUGCUUCAGAGCUGGAUAGAGUGUGUCAGUGUUUAGUUUCUCUCCAAUUGGCAGGUCCCAAUUUGGGUGAUAGAGCAGUCCUUUCGGAUCUCCUUUGCAUCCGCGUCCAAUCACAUUUUGACGAUGACAGCGAUUCGCAGUUCUGGGUCCAAAUUUCGCAGACUUUGUCAAUUGAGUUGAUCAAUCUUUCAAAGGCAUUUGCUAUUUGUUCCGAGCUGGUGAAAGUAAACUUUGAGAGGGUCCUAUUCAAUGUACUAGGGAUGCUUUUUGAUUCACAGCGAUUGGAAGUGUAUCCUUCAUGUAAUCUUGAACGAAUUCGAAAGUAUGCAGGCGAGGAGAUUGGCGAGCAAGCACUUGAUAUGCUUGAUAUUUUCAAUACUUGUGAUAGCAGUUCACUAGUCGGUACUGGCAUUGAAGCUGUAGCAAAGAUUCAGCGCAAACGGAGGCGCAAGGCGGAAAGAGUUUGGCACAUGUGCCACCAAAUCAGUCACGCACUGUUGGAAAGCGAAUCUGAUCAUGGCGCCUUGUCACUGGAAGGAAGAAUUGGCUCAAUACUGCAAGAUAAGGACACGGAUCUGGCGCAGAAAGCUCCGUCUGUUCUUGACUCAUCCUCACUUGAAAAGGAAGCAUUGCAAUCCUUUCAAAUUCUUCGCACAUUGGCAUCAGUGAUUGACCGGAACGAGAAGAAUCACGCCGUUUCAAUGGAGAGCGUAUUGGCCUUCUCAUUAUCAAUUAUAAUCUCGCAAUCGUUACGAACGAUGAAGAGUUUGAAAUACCAAGAAAGCAUCAUAACAAGAGAUUCAAGCAACGAGCAAGAACUAAGAAAAAUCAUGACCGAAGAGCUUCUGCGGACGUAUUUGGAGAUUUUCGUUGCAUUGGUUGCUUGGAUAUUCAGAAAUUCCAGAGACGGGGCUUCCAAGCAAUGGACUGCCUUGGAACUGCAUCUCCGUGAUAACUUCCUCACGCCAAUCCUUCGAAGAAGAUCGGUCGAUCUAGCUUUGACUCUUAAACGAAUUUUGAGGACAUCACUGACAGUGGUCACUGGAAAUAGUGAUGCUUCUUCUGCAACUCUCCGGUUGGGUUCUAUCUCUGGGUUUUCGAACUACUCUGACGGCAUCUUGGACAGCAUAGUUCGUCGCAGCCGACAGCUGUUCAUUGCUAUCUCGCGGCAAUCGCAUUUUCGGAGCCUUCAGAGCAGCUUACUGGAGGCAGCAAUCGGUUGUCCCGAGGGCGACAAAGAGCUGCUACUUCCUCGAUACCUUGGUAAUGUAUUCAACACAAGUCUCGAAAUGAAAAAUGGUCCGGACGUGAGUCCACUAGGUGAAGGAAUUGAUGAAUAUUUGUCAUUUGUGGAGAAAAAAGUAGCCAGUGACGCGGAUUGUUUGAAAAAGUCAAGCUUUCUUGAUGGCCUCAUCCUACCGCGAUUGAAUCAUGGCAAAACGAAACUGACCAUCAAGCGACGCAACCUUUGCCUCGUGGGGCAUUUGCUUGAAGGAGAAAUGAGUGAUCCGACAAUCGAAAGCACAAGCAUCAUGGCAUUGGUCAAAGGAAUGAGACGGAGUCUGCUCCAGUGCUUUAAAGAGCCCGUGAUUGAUAACGUCUUUCUUUCUGAAGCUCUGAGUUGUUCCAACCGUUUGGCUUCCACCCCUGUUAUAAUGGACGAUUCCAGACAAGAGCCAUUGCUCUCGUGGAGUCGCAGAAGUGUUGAUUUUGAGAUUCCGAAUGAUGUUGCGGAGCUUUCAGCCAAGGAACAGAAUGGGGUCUAUGUCUGGCUUUACUACAAGUGGCUACAUAGCGUUGGCAAGAUCAUUGUGGACACGUCGGAAGCUGGGAGUGGGAAGAGAACCUCGUUUCGUAAACUGUGUAAGAACGAUGAAGAAUCGGGCAUUCCGAUGGACUUGAGCCAAAUGAUGCAGGAGAUGGAUCUAAAGUCUUCCCACCAGCUCCUUUGUCAUGUCGAAGGAGUUCUAUUUCCUUCUCGAGACGAAAAUAGCGCUUCCCUCGCCAAUGUGUACGCAAAUGAAAGGCUUUCCCAAGAUUCCACAAGUCAGCAAGUUGAAGAUUGGAAACCAACUGCAGGUGUGCGGAAAUGUGCCAAAGAACUGAUGGCGGAAGUAGUUGCGCAGGGAUAA